AUGACUAUCUAUUUUUUCUGCUUGAUAACAGCCAGAUAUGUAUGCGUAGACCAGUGCAAAAAAUUUAUCAUGGCAAAGAAACAGAAAAGAAGAGAAAGAAAAGAAAAUAAUAAUGAAGGGGAGAGUUUGAUUCCACUUGAGAAUGAUGAGUUCUCUACAGAAGAGUCUUCCCACGAGGAAUACGAAGCCAUGGGGAAGCCAGAGGAAAUGGAUCUGCAGAUGGAAAAUGUAUACAGAAUACAUGAGCAAAUUCAGUUGGACUGGCCUUCUCUGUCUGUCUGCUUAAAGGAAGAGGAAGGCAGAAUUCUAGUGGAGCAGGCUAUACCAGGAGCAGCCCCAUCCCUUCUUGACUUGGAGGUGGUUUUGGCAGGAGACAACAAAAGGUCUGUCAGGCCAGUAAAGAAAGUUGAAACUGCACACCAGGCAAACCGAAUCAGGGCAAGAAAUGGAAAGAUAUACACGAUCUCUGAUAGGUCUAUUGACAUAUACACAUCAAGCCUCACUCCUAUAUACACUAAGAAUAUAUCUGGUGGUUAUGGUCUCUCCAUAUACAAAUCAUCUCUGUUCUAUGGUGAUGGAGCAGCCAUUGUCCAACAAAAGGAUGUGGAGGGGAACCAUGUUGAGUCUUUUAAUAUCAAUCAAAAUGAAAUAUUCUCUAUUGCCAGUAUAUCAGAGAAUGAAGCAUUUGCAGGUACGCAUGCUAUUAACCUAGUAGACUUCCGGUGCAAAGAUGCAAAGCAGUAUCUAUUGAAUGACUGCGACAUCAACUCCAUUGCAUACAAUGGCGAAAAUAUGAUUGUUGCUGGGGAUGACAAAGGGAUGCUUCGGGUUAUUGACAUCAGACAGGAAACCCCACUUGAAGAGAUUAAGUUCCACCAGUCCCCAAUCAGCCACAUCCAGUUCAGCAGCAAGGACGUCUUUGCUUCUGCAUCUAGCUGUGAGAUAGUCAUGUGGGACAUGUCUUAUGAAGAGACUGAGGGAUGGGAGUACCACAAGUAUCUGAGCUUUGUUCACCAGGGACAGGCAUACUAUAAGGACUUUGAGUUUAUUGCUGAUGAUACAAUCAUGGCUGCAUCUGAAAAUGGCCUGUGCAUAUUCAGCCCUAUUUCUCAGAUUGAAACACCAGAAGUUGAUGAGCAAAUGCAAGAAUAG